UUGUGUGGCUUUAUUCUGCCUGUUCUACUCGCGAUGUGAAAAUGUUUUUUUCCCCUCCUCUCUCCAGCCGUUGAGCGCACAGGGACACCAUUUUCAGGACAGAGAAUCUGUGGUUUUAUCGAGCGUUUAUUGUGAUGGGCGAAUGUGUAGUUUCAAUGUCAAAUAUUGACCGAAUAGCGUUGUAGGCGAACAUAUUCAACGGGGAGGAUGUCUGAGCUGUCGGAGGACGACAGGCGAUCGCUUUGCGCACAUUUUCGCCUGCAGCCAUCUAAAUACCACGACUAAGCAUCGAGAAGGCAUGCCUCUUUAAAUCAAUGCUUAAGCCCUUUGCAGGUUUUAUGCAAACAAAUGCUGGAUUUAACAAACAGCCAAUUAAAGUCUAAAAUGAUCCAAAUCACUUUCAAGUGUAGCCAACUGUUUCAAGGAAGAAUCUAAGUAAAGGUGGUCUGGUCUUAUGCGCUCUGCAAUGACAUUCAUUUUACGUGACAUUGUAAUUAUUAUAUUUCCCACUUCGGUCUAAUCCGACUCAUAAACCCACUCUACAAAAGCCUGUUUUAUGUCAGACAUGUGAUAAUCAAAUAGCAUAAGUGAUCGCGGUGUAUUAUAUCACUUUAUUACACCAGGCACCUUAAGAGGCGGGUCAAGCGAGUAAAGUGACAGAUCACUCAGCCAGUGCCGUGCCAUUUAGCGUGAGCUCAUACAUAAAGAUUGACAUGUGCUUUAUCAAACCAGAAAUCGGAUCUCGUCCUCACAGCCAAUAUUGAAGUUGCUAGGGAGGGCACAUUAGUGUAGGUAAGGUUUAAUGACACUCCAUUGGAUUGUAAUCAGCGUCAUGUCGGAUUCAUGUAAACUACAACAUUGUAACAAAAUGGCGACUGUUUAGGUGACAUCAGUAACACGGGCCACAUUAUCAUGAUCCGCUCCGCUCAGCGGCCACCGCUCAGGGUUCGUUGCGUGUAUAUUUGUGUCGUUGUUCGCGUCGCGCCGGAGUCCGGAUAAUGGUUCGCAGACGCACCAUAAACAUCAGUCGGCAGCUGUCAAAAGCCAACGUUGAUGAUCUACGUCUGGAAUAACAAUCAAGCCCCAGGUGAUGUAUGGUAACCAUUGUGGAAUUUACACGAGCCGCCUCUUUGUCAAGUUCAACGUGAGAUACCUGGAAUGUCACGGUGGUGGAACCUAAGCAGCUGAUCCCGGGUUUCGAACAUGUGGAUGUAUCAAAUGUUUUGCAGCAGAAAAGGGGGAUCUUUAUGGCUCGCCUCUUGGCGAUUCUAAUCACUCAACCAUGGUGAAACUCGCGAACCCUCUGUACACGGAGUGGAUUCUGGAGGCGAUACAGAAGAUAAAGAGGCAGAAGCAGAGGCCCUCGGAGGAGAGGAUCUGCCAUGCGUUGGCCACGUCGCACGGCCUGGACAAGCGCACCGUGCUCGAGCAGUUGGAAUUAAGCGUGCAGGAUGGCUCCGUCCUCAAAGUCACCAACAAGGGGAGCGCGUCGUACAAGGACCCCGGCCCCCCCGGGCCCCCCUGCCCCACGGGGCGUACCGCGCCCCAGCCGCCCGAAGACCCUCCGACCCCUUCACCUCCGCCGCCGCCGCCGCCGCCGCCGCCCCCGCCCCCGCCACAGCCCAAAGGAUCUAUAUGGAAUUCUAGUGACCUGCGGCACAUCGAUUGGAAUAAAGUGAUUAGGAGGGCGCUCGAGGGCUUGGAUGAUACCCACGGCUCCUCGCUGAAGAGCAUCGAGAGGUACCUGAGGAACCAGGGCGACCUGGCGCCGGUCGCCGACAACCCUGCCUUCCAGCAGCGGUUGCGGCUGGCGGCCAAGAAGUCGGUCAACAACGGGCGUUUGCUGAAGAACGGCCCACGCUACAAGCUCACCCUCGGGACCGCCGAGGCCCGGGGCCUGAGGUUCGCGGGCGGCUCUCCGUUGGCGGUGUCGCCGUCGGUGACGCUGCUGCCGCACGAGAGAGACAAGCUCCGAGUGGACCCCAUACCCAUAUGCAGCUUCUGUCUGGGGACACGGGAGUCAAACCGGGACAAGCUGCCCGAGGAGCUGCUGUCCUGCGCCGACUGUGGCAGCAGUGGGCACCCGUCAUGUCUGAAGUUCUCCCCCGAGUUAACCGUGCAUGUGAAGAGAUUACGAUGGCAGUGUAUCGAAUGCAAAGCCUGCAGCACUUGUCAAGACCAGGGGAAGAACGCUGAUGAGAUGCUGUUCUGCGAUUCGUGUGAUCGGGGCUUUCAUAUGGAAUGCUGCAACCCGCCGCUUUCAACAAUGCCAAAAGGAACCUGGAUCUGCCAACUCUGCCGGCCUAAGGAAAACGGGAAGCACUUGCUGCAGAGGAAAGCUGAUGAAAUCAAACGACGAUAUGCAAGGCCAAUCGGAAGGCCUAGAAAUAAGCUCAAACAGAGAAUGUGUGUCCCCAGUGGCGACGGCUCCAUGAUAGCACUCGGAGGAAGGGGGACGCCUGGUAGGGGUCAAAAGAUUAGCCUCUGUUCCACACCCUCAUCUGGUCAUGCUGCAUCUGCCACGGACGGCAGAGGCACACUCGCCGUCGCAGAUCCCCGUUGGGCGGGCGACGCCCCCCAAUUCACCACCUCCACCCCCACCCCUCCUCCUCUCCCCACCACCACCACCACCACCACCACCACCACCACCUCUCCCCCCCUCACGCCCACCUCCACCAACCCGGCCGUGCUCGCCGUAAACAAGAAAACCAAAGGGCUUAUCGACGGGCUGUCGAGAUUCUUUACCCCCUCCCCCGUCGGCCGCCGGUCCCGCCCCCUGGCGACGGGCUCGCCCCCCCGGCCGCAGAGUCCCGAGGACGAGGGCCCGCCCAGCCCCCCGAGCCCCCCCGAACCGCAGCAGUCGAUCGCCUUCGACGGCGACGCGGACGACGCCGCCGGUCACAUGCUCCCCCCGUCCCCCGGCGCACUUUCUCCCCCGCCCCCGACCCUGCCCGGACUUAGCCCCCCCUCCCAGGUGUCCAGCAACUCCACCCUGGCCAGCUCCCCGCAGAGCUCGUCCAGCCAGUCUAGCGUCCCGUCCCUGAGCAGCCUCUGCCAUAGCCACCAGCUUAAGGGACUCUUCGACGGACUCUCGCACAUAUUCACCACUCAGGGACAGUCGCGGAAAAAGGGACUGGCGUGCUACGCGCCGCCCAAACGCAAUCACCGUAAGCCGGAGUUGUCCGCGCGCGGCCCCAAAACGUGUCCCCAGCGCCUGGGGAUGAAGGAGUUUGGCAAGGGUAGACUACUGUCUCACUCCUCGUCCCCGGGGCCCGGGCGGCCCCGGGGACGGCCCUUUAAGCUGGUCAGUCAUUUCAAACGCAACCCCUUCCUUAAGAAGCACAGGACACUAGGCAGGCUGAGGUAUAGGGUGAGUCCCCCGAAGGCAGCGCCCUCACCAGGGAAGGGAGACUUGACAGACGGAAGAGUUAAGCCAGAGCACGACCAUGGCUUCGAGGACCAGCGGGAGGUGAAGGCAGAGGCGCAGCCCAGCGUGGUGGCCAUGUCGCGGGAGCACGUCACGGACGAAGACGUGGAGGUGUUCACGCGCGUGCUGGACCUGUCGACGCAGAGGACGGGGUCGAUGGUGAGCUCCGACUUGCCGCGCUACCCUUCCGUCAUCGAGUUUGGGAAGUACGAGAUUCAAACCUGGUACUCUUCACCGUACCCUCCUGAGUAUUCCAGACUGCAAAAGCUUUAUCUGUGCGAGUUCUGUCUGAAGUACAUGAGAAGCAAGAACAUUCUCCUGAGACACGCGAAGAAGUGUGGCUGGUUCCACCCGCCAGCCAACGAGAUCUACAGGAAAGAUGACCUCUCGGUGUUCGAGGUGGAUGGAAAUGUCAGCAAACUCUUCUGCCAAAACCUCUGCCUGCUGGCCAAGCUUUUCCUGGACCACAAGACUCUGUACUAUGAUGUGGAGCCCUUCCUCUUCUACAUCCUCACCCAGAACGACAACAAAGGCUGUCACCUGGUGGGCUACUUCUCCAAGGAAAAGCUUUGCCAGCAGAAGUACAACGUCUCCUGCAUAAUGAUUAUGCCUCAGUACCAAAGGCAAGGAUUUGGACGGUUCCUUAUCGAUUUCAGUUACCUCCUCACCCGGCAGGAGGGGCAGGCGGGCUCCCCGGAGAAGCCGCUGUCCGAUCUGGGUCGGCUGUCCUACCUGGCGUACUGGAGGAGCGUGGUGCUGGAGUACCUCCACGCGCAGCCCUGCCGCCGCGUGAGCGUGCGGGCCAUGAGCCGCGCCACGGGGAUGUGUCCCCACGACGUCGCCGCCACCCUCCAGCAGCUCCGCAUGGUCGACCGACAGGACGGCAGGAUCGUGCUGGUCAGGAGGGAGCGUCUGAUCCAGAGGCACGUGGACAGGAUGAGGUCCCACCCCCGGCUCAACCAGGUGGACCCCGAGGCCCUGCGGUGGACGCCGGUCUCCGCCCACAACGCCGCGCUGUCGGAGGAGGAGAGGGAAGCCGAGAUGGAUGCGGAGCGACUCGGGGAGCAGUCCAGCUGCUGGGAGAAGGAGGAGCGGGAGAGUCGGGCGCUGUCCCACGGCGCCCGCCCGGCCCCGCCCACCAAGGUCCACUGCAAGGUGCCCGUCCGGACCUACGAGCGCCGGCCCCCCGCGCCCUGGAGCCGGCCCCGCCUCCGCCGCCACGGGCCCGAGUACGGCAGUGAGGACGAGGAGGAGGAGGACGACGACGAAGACGAGAACGAUCGCGACGAGGACGAAGACGAGGACGAUGAGUCCUCGGAUGGCUCGCCGCCCGUCCUGACGAAGGCUCACGCCAUGCUGGCGGCCAAGAGAAAGAGGAGCAUGGAGGUGAGGAAGAGGGGGCGGAAGAGGAGACGGAUAAACAGCAGCGUCACCACGGAAACCAUCUCGGAGACCACCGAGGUGCUGAAGGAGCCCUUCGACUACUCUGAGGACGAGCGGCCCAUGCCCCUCCUGGAGCGCACGGGCAGGGGGGGCGAGGAGGAAGAGGAAGAGGAGGAUGACGAAGAGGAAGAGGAGGAGGAGGAGGAACCGAGACCCGUAAUGCCGGUGAAACGCCACAGAGGCCGGCCGAGACUUGAGAAAAAUCUGCACAAAGAAAAGCGAGAGUGCUGGAAUGAAGGCCCCGACUCGCUUUCGGCGCGCGCCAACCGGCUGCGACCGGUGAAGCGCAAGAAGGGCUGGCCCAAGGGCGUCAAGAGGGGACCCCCCAAGUGGCGGCUGAAGAACGAGCGCAAGAUGGGCUUCAAGCUCAACCUCUACACCCCGCCCGAGACGCCGCUGGAGGGCGAGGCGCACCCCCCGCCGGCCGAGGAGCCCAAGGCGGAGCAGCACCACCUCCUGCUCCUCCCCUUCGCCGAGGAGCGCUGCAGGCCCAGCAGGAGCGCCGGCAGCCCCGGCCCGGCCCCCAGGAGCCGGAGGAGGCGGCGGCGGAGGAGGUUCUCGUCCGAGCCCCAGAGUCCGGCGGACAGCGUGGCGGACAGCGUGGCGGACAGCGUGGCGGACAGCCUCCCCGGCAGUCCCGCCGCCACCGCCGACGUCGACGACGACGAGGGAGACGAAGACGACUGCGGCGCUUCGCACAGGACCCUCUCCUCGCGGGAGGUGUCCCCCGUGGCCUCCCCCGCAACCUCCCCCACGCCCUCCCCAGCCUGCUCUCCCGCCCGGUCGCCGGAGGCCCCGUCUAUGGGCGGCGCCGCCACCGCCGCCCCGUCCCCCCUCCCCGUGCCGGCUGAGGACCGCCUGCAGGACAGCGAGCGAGAGCCGGACUCCCCCGCCCCCAGAGACCUGGACCCCAGCUCCCCUGCGGAGCGGACCAGCCUCAGUAGACAUGACAACCAGGAGGAGGAGGAGGAAGAGGAGGAAGAGGAGGAGGAGGAAGAGGAGGAGGAGGAGGAGCAAGAAGAAGAAGAGGAAGUGGAGGAGGAGCACAGGACAAGCGUAGAGGAUGUGGACGCAGACGACGAGGACGACUGUCACAUUUUGAGCUCGGAGAUCGUGAAGAAGUCGGGGAGCCCCGAGCCGUUGGCACAGGAAGUACCCGACUGCACGCCGCUUUCUGUGUCUUCGGAACCGAAAGGGGACUCGGAGGAGACGGAGACGGUCUCCCCGGCGCGGCACAACGAAGAGCUGCCGCCCGUGGCCGCUGAGGAGAGCACGCAGGACGCGACGACGAGAGAGCCGCCCGUUUCAUCAGAGGCCGACGCUGCAGAGUCUGCGGCCGCAGCGUCGCUCGCGGACGCGGCGGUGGCGUGCGCCGAAGCCGCAGCGGCGGUGGAGUCGGACCGCGGCGAGGAGUCCGAGUCCGAGGGCGAGAGCAGCCCCGGGCCCAGCCCGGCGUGUCCCGACCCCCUGCCCGCCCCUGCGCCGCCGGAGACGCCCCGGCCGGGACCGGACCCGCCCGCCUGCCCCGAGUUGGACUCUGAGACGGCGCAGGCGGUCCAGUCGCUGACCCGGGAGUCGGAGCGGGAGGGCGUGUUCCAGGACUGCGUCGAGACCCGGGAGGCGUGCCGCAGCAUCCAGGCCUACGGCCGCGUGGCCCCCAGCCCCCAGCUGACGUCCCUGGACGAGUGCCCCCAGUCGGACCACAGCAGCCCCCUGUCCGCGGCGCCCUCGCACCCCAGCCAGUCGGUGCGCUCCGUCAGCAGCCCCGCCGUGUCCCUGCUGGAGAGCGGCUACACCCAGAUCAGCCCCGACCACGGCGCCGUCUCGGUGCCCUCGCUGCACAACAUGGAGACCAGCCCCAUGAUGGACGUGCCGUCGGUGUCGGACCACUCCCAGCAGGUGGUGGACAGCGGCUUCAGCGACCUGGGCAGCAUCGAGAGCACCACGGAGAACUACGACAACCCCAGCAGCUACGACUCCGCCAUGGGGGGCAGCAUCUGCGGGGCGGGCCCCUCCCAGAACAGCUGCUCCUACGGGGGCAUGCCGGCCAGCGGGCUGUCGCAGAGCAGCUGCGCCGUCAGCCAGCAAAUGGCGGCGGCGGCGGCCGGCCAGAUGAUCCAGGCCAACGCCCUGAGCUCGCCGCAGCACUGCAACGUCAAGUCCCCGCAGGGCUGCGUGGUGGCGGUGGAGCGGCCGCCCAGCAACAGCCAGCACAGCCAGCACAGCCAGCGCGCCCAACAACAGCAGCAGCAGCAGCAGCAGCACGCGCAGCUGGCCCAGCAGCUAGCGCAGCAGCACGCGCACGCCCGGCACGCCGCCGCCGCCGCCGCGCACAAUCAGCUCAGCCAACACAAUCAGCACGGCCCGCACAAUCAGCUGGGCCAGCAUCCGCAACACAAUCCCCUGCACCACCAGCAGCAGCAGCAGCAGCAGCAGCACGCGCUCCAACAACAACAACAACAACAACACCACCACCACCACCACCUCCACCAGCAGCAGCUCGCGCACCCCCACCACCACCACCACCACCACCACAACCACCCCCUCCUGCAGCAGCACGGGGAGCACGCCCAGCACAAUCAGCACGGCCUGCACGGGCAGCAGCCGCCGCCGCCGCAGCAGGGCGCGGCGCAGUGCGGCGGCGUGCCCGCCAACUUCGCCGCCCCCAUGCAGCUGACGGACGUCCCCGAGUCGGGGGCGCCCAACCUGGCCCUCUACGAGCGCAUGAACCAGCAGGGGGAGUACGCCGGCGGGCACUACGCCCAGCCGUCGGGCAACGCCAGCCUGGCGCGGCUGCAGCAGCUCACCAACACGCUGAUGGAGCACCCGCUGCCCUUCGGCCACGCGCCCUCCCACGCCAUCGGCUCCUACGGCAACGGCCCCUCGCUCGGCUCCCAGCACGCGGGCCUGGUGUCGCUGGCGCCGCCCUCGCAGCAUCGCGUGCCCGGCAGCCCCCAGGUGCAGGCCACCAUGACCCCGCCCCCCAGCCUGGGCUCGCCGGCGUCGGCGUCGGCAUCGGCCAUGCUGCUGCAGCAGCAGCAGCAGCAACAGCAGCAGCAGCAGCAGCAGCAGCAGCGCAGCAUGGGCGGUGCCUCCUCCAUCGCGCCCUCGCAGCGCAUCCACACGCAGAUGGCCUCCAAGGGCCACCUGGCCAUGCGCGCCAAGUCGGCGCCGCUGUCCCACCCCCACCACCAGCUCCACCAACACCCCCACCACCCCCACACCCAGCAGCCGCAGCAGCAGCAGCAGCAGCCGCAGCCGCAGACGCAGCAGAUGUACGCGCGGACGCCGCAGUCGGUCACCAUGCAGGCGCCGUCGCGGGCGCUGGGCUCCUUGCCGCGCGUCAACAUGAGCGUCAACAUCAUGCCGGCGCCCGCCUACAACGUCAACGCCAUCAACAUGCCGUCGCUGAACGCCAUGAACAGCUACGGCAUCAGCCAGCCCAUGAUCAACGGCGGCUACCACGGCAACCACGCCUACAUGAACCACCAGUCGUCCCAGUACUCCAUGCAGAUGGGCAUGAUGGGGACACAGACGUACCACGCGCAGCAGCCCAUGCAGGCGCCGCCGCACGGCAACAUGGUGUUCACGCACGCCGGUCACCACGGCUACAUGAACGCCGGCAUGGCCAAGCAGACGCUCAAAGGGCCGUUCGGACGGCGGUAACACGCACUGACCCCCGGGGCGGGCGAUGGCGUCGGGACGGCGGUUUGGGGACGUUCAGACACACAGACCGGGGCCU